GUUCCUGCAGGUGCCCGCGCCCCCGUCCCGCGGCGGCGCCCGGGCGCUGCCCGCCGGGGCUGGCCCUGAGCUGGCGCGGGAGCGCCUGGACGGCGGAGCUGCGGAGGCGGCGCCCGCGGAGCGGGGCUCCACGGCCCUGGCGGCGUGGCUCCGACUGCCGCCGCCCUGGCGCCCGCUGUUCGCGGCUCCCGCGCGGCUGCGGUACGAUGCCAGCAGGUUCGACUUCGUCAGCGUGGCGAGGCGGAUUCUGGAGUGCCCGCCAGAGCUCCCGCUUUGGAGGCUGCACGAUGUCCAGCGGGGCCCGGAGUUCGAGCCCGUCCCUGCCCUGCGCAUGGGCAUGGUGCUCGCCGGCCACCGCAUGCCCAAGCGCACCCACAACAAGACCCACAGGGCCAGGAAAGGCUGGUUGUCUUCCGCCGCGUAUCAGGAGCUCUGUGACUUGUACGGGCGCUUCCUGCGCGAGGAGGUGCUGCCAGCGCUGGGUGCCGCCGCGUGUGGGCGCGAGGACAUGGAGUACGUCGUGCAGUCGGCGCCCGUGCUCCGGGUCAUCUCGGAGAACACUAUGCGACCAAGGAGCACCGCGACGCGGACUACGGCCACAUCCCCGAGGAGCUGA